GCCCCACGAGGAAGUGCGGCCGCCGCCCGCGCCCGCCAGUCAGCAUGCAGGAAGUUUGGGGCGGGCGCGGCAAGUAGUGCGGCGGCUGAGCGCGGGGCGAGCGCGGGCGGGGAGCGCGGCGCGGCGGCCGGCCGGGAGCGGAUCCCCGCGUUUUCUUGGAGCCACGUUGUCCCCACGUCGCGGUUCCCAAUGCACCGGCUCAUCCUCGUCUACACUCUAGCCUGCGCCAACUUUUGCAGCUAUCGGGACACUUGUGCCACCCCGCAGAGCGCAUCCAUCAAGGCUUUGCGCAACGCCCACCUCAGGCGAGAUGAGAGCAAUCACCUCACAGACUUGUACCGGAGAGACGAGACCAUCCAGGUGACAGGAAACGGCCACCUGCAGAGCCCCCGAUUCCCAAGCAGCUACCCCAGGAAUCUGCUUCUGACAUGGCGGCUCCAUUCCCAGGAGAAGACUAGGAUACAGCUAGCCUUUGACAAUCAGUUUGGAUUAGAGGAAGCAGAAAAUGACAUCUGUAGGUAUGAUUUUGUGGAAGUUGAAGAUAUAUCAGAAACCAGUACAGUCAUUCGAGGACGUUGGUGUGGACACAAGGAGGUCCCUCCAAGGAUAACAUCAAGAACCAACCAAAUUAAAAUCACAUUCAAAUCUGAUGACUACUUUGUGGCUAAACCUGGAUUCAAGAUUUAUUAUUCUUUCGUGGAAGAUUUCCAACCUGCAGCCGCCUCAGAGACCAAUUGGGAAUCAGUCACCAGCUCCAUCUCAGGUGUAUCCUAUCACUACCCAUCAGUCACGGAUCCCACGCUCACCGCAGAGGCGCUGGACAAAGCAAUUGCAGAAUUUGACACUGUGGAAGAUCUGCUCAAGCACUUCAAUCCAGAAUCGUGGCAAGAAGACCUGGAGAAUCUGUAUUUGGAUACCCCUCAUUAUCGAGGCAGAUCGUACCAUGACAGGAAAUCAAAAGUUGACCUGGACCGGCUCAAUGAUGAUGUCAAACGUUACAGCUGCACUCCCAGGAAUUACUCUGUCAACUUGAGAGAGGAGCUGAGGCUGUCCAACGUGGUCUUCUUUCCACGUUGUCUCCUCGUGCAGCGCUGUGGAGGCAACUGUGGCUGUGGGACUGUCAACUGGAAGUCCUGCACGUGCAAUUCAGGAAAAACUGUGAAAAAGUACCAUGAGGUGCUGAAGUUCGAACCUGGCCAUUUCAAGAGAAGAAGCAGAACAAAUAAGCACAUGGCUCUCAUUGACAUCCAGCUGGAUCACCAUGAGCGGUGCGAUUGCAUCUGCAGCUCAAGGCCCCCUCGAUAAAAGAAUGUGCAUACACUCAUAUUAAGCAUGAACAAAAUGUUAGUUCAAAGGAGGGUGUGGUAAGAGACCCUUUCCCCACCAGCAGCCAAACUUCCUACUAGCCUCCAGAACAAUGAAUACAAGCGUUGCUGAGCGCCAACUAGCUUUGUUAGUGCCAGGCAAGUAGAAAGGUAUGUCAUCAACUUCUAUAUCCAAGGGUAUAGGAUUGCAUUUAAUAAUAGUGGCUGAGGGUAUGUGUAUAAAUAUAUGCUUAUCUGUGUCUAUGUGUACAUAGAGCAGAUGGCUUCUUCCGUAUAUGUAACCAGGUACACCAAAGCUUACAGAUGGGUGAGUUAUGCAGACUCUUAAAAUCUUUUGACAAAAUAAGGGAUAUGCUAAAUACAGAAAAUAUGUCUUUAGCGGCUUGGGAAGAGGAAUUUGUUUAUUUUUUAGUUUUGAAUCACAACAUAUGUUUGAAUCUUGUUCUUGCAACAUAAGAACCUUGUGUAUUAAAAAUCAGUAGUUAAUUUUUUUCUUCUGUAUGCAUCUGAAGUGAUUAUAAGAAAGGCUUAUGAAAAAAAGGUUUUGGGGAAAAUAGGCAAAGCCUAUGCACUUUUCCCAUGAGAUACACUACAUACUUACCUAUGUAGACAAUAAUCACCUGUCACCAAAAUUUGCCAUACUAAUCUAGGUGCUUGAGAAAUUGUCUUCUUUUUAAUGAUUUUUUGUUCAGGCAUGCUAGUUCAUUUAACACCUAUCUAAAAAAACAUUCUCAGAAAGUUUAUUGUAAUAAUCCUGCAAGAGACAUUCUGUAAGCUGUAGCAGAAUAUUGAAUUGUUUCUUUUCCAAAACAAAUCCUUUGAAGGAUGGCAUGGGGACUCGAUGUGACCAUGGUGUCAUUGAAAGAUUGAGCAGUUGAAAGUCCAAAAGGUGAGCAUCAACAUAACCAGAAAUUGGGUGGAAUCUUUAAUAAGUUCCGUACUUAAUAAUGAAUUCAGACUCUCCACACUGUGCCAGUUAAUUUUAUGCAUCUUGCUUUUGUUUUCCUGUCUCUUCACUAGACAGGCAUGGAUUUACAUGGCAUUUUGUAUUUGGCAGGUCAUCAUGGAUUAUUUAUAGCCUAAAAACUUUUGUAUAUUGAAACAAUGUAAUUUCAUUGAUGUAAAUCUCUAGUCAUGUACUUACCAUUCUGAAUUCCUAUUUCUGAACUGUAUGAAAACAGAUCUGGGGUCUCUGGUUCUUUCAAAAUCUGCAGACCUUGUUCUAUGAUAGCAUGCAAACAAAUAGGGUCUUUGACCUUGCUCUAUAAUUACAAAACUGUUUUUGCAUUGUGGUUAUUACUGGUGUUUAGAAUAAGUUUUCCUCUCUGAUUCUUUAAAGGAGACAGAUUCUAGUAGGAAGUGAUUCAUCAUUCUCCAAAGCAAAACUUCUAGGAGAGCAAAGCUGAAGUAAAGAUAUUUUAGAGACAGCUCAGACAGUUCUACAUUUUCUUUCUGCCUUGAAAGAAAAGAGGAGAACAGAUUUCUUGCAUAGUCUAGGAUCUUCCUAGCUACAGCUAGUUUGGAGGAGGGGUAAGUGACAAGCACUUGUUAAUUCCUGGUGAUGGUUGAGUGGCCUAAAAAUACUUGGGUGUCUAAGCACAGGAUGUUGUCAGGAGUAAGUCCUCUGCUAUCCAUCUAGCUCAUUCUUCUCAGCUCCUUGAGAUGAAAGCCAAGCCUUAUUGAAUGUACCUUCGAAAUAUCCCUAAAAGGACACAGUGUUUUUACCUCUGGUAAAAUUGAAUACUGUUAUGUUCAGGUAUCCAGAAUCCCAGAGCUCAAUCAGGAAUAGCAGAGGCAGACAGUCCAGUAAGCCACUCCUCCCGUUGAGUCCACUUGCAAGCUUUCAAUGGCAACACCAGCCUCCUGACCCUAAAUCAAAUGUGCUGCAUUACACUAGUUUCUUCAACUCAUGCCAAUACCUUAAGUGUAAAAAAUUAGAGUUUUCUACCCAAUUUUCAAUAAACCUUCCUGCCUAUAAUAAGCAGGAUGGUUUUCAGUUAAUGCCCUGACCUGUACUUUUUAUUUAUUAGAUGAAACAUAAGCAGGCAUAUUCACUUACUUUUCUUUUUUCUUUCCUGAAGGUUUUAUUAAAACUUCUCCCUUGGUUAUCUAUUAUCUACUGCGCUUCCAACAUGCAGCUAAUAAAUCUGUUUCAUUGCCAUCAAAGGAAUAAAAAGCCCGCUGUACAAAUUACAUUUCAAAACAAACCCUAAUAAAUUCACAUUUCUGCAUGGCUCACUCACCUGGAAUAAUGCCUUUCAUUCAAUAUGUUCUUAUAGGGCAGAACACUUUCAUAAGUGGCAUUUUUUAUGGUUUUGUCAUAUCGGUAACAUGCAGCUUUUUCCUCUCGUAGCAUUUUCAAUAGCAAAUGUAAUAUGCCUCUUAUCUUCAUGAAAAUAAAUAUUGCUUUUGAACAAAACUACUCCAUUAUUUAGUACUCAAUUGCAGUUUUAAAGGAUGUACAGUGUUUCAAACUUGCUUUUACAAAUACACAAAACUUUUAGAAAUGACAGCUGUAGGGUGAAUUCAAGGAUUUGUUUGCUGAAGGUUGAGUGCACACCAAUCUUAGUCCCAUGGGUGGCUUCACUGCCCCCAUCCCAAAGAUGGACCAAGAGGAGGGAAGUAAGACUUGGGUUUGGUUUUCAGUUGCCAAUGCUGUUGCUCCUGUGAUGGACAAUUUGUUUCUUCAUUAGCUUUUUAAGGAGACAUUUUCUACUGACUUUUCUCCCUUAAGAGAGUUUACAACCUCUGUCUUGGGUCCUAAAGUCAAUUACAUCACAGACUCAUUUCCCUUAGGUCCAUCUUUUCCCAUGUAGACAGACAGCCCCACCAGUAGAUCAUGAGGACCAGGUGAGGGGCUACACUCCGACUGAAUUGGCUUCUAACUUGUGAAGCUGAAGACAAAAGUUGCUCUUGUUUGUAGCGUGAUUUUUGUCAUCAUCCUGCUGAUGACAACUGCUUAGUGUUGGGUGAAACUGCUACUUUGGUUAGUGGUUUUAGACUGUCUGGGAAAAAGGAGUAAAUAUGUGUAUUCUUUACUAAGCAUCAGUUUUACCACAAGAAGUACCAGCUGAUGUGUGAGUCAGAGUGGAGGGAAAGACAAAGAAAGGAUCAAAUAGUGUUGUGUGUAGUAAUUCAUAUAACUUGGCUUUCUAUGUAAAAAAUCAUUCUAGCCAUGUAUAUAAACAGCAUUUUAAUAUAAACAUUAAAAUUUUUAUUUCCUGAAGUGUGCAUGUGUCUGGUUUCAUUCUAAGGAACUCAACAGAUUUCCAAAUGGUACAUAUAUUUCUGGAGUCCUCUAAUAGAACAGUAAAUUAAAAAUCACAUCUUAGUGUU